AUGGUUCCUAUCGAAAAGGAAAUGAGGAAAAGCAUGUCACUAGGGUUUGCUGCAUAUCAAAGGACAACGCAAACCCGCCAAGCAGCCAGGCGUUUUGAUAUCUCCAGGCGCGGCUGGAAGACGAGCGCCUUCGGAGUGCAGCACUGUGGACGACUUGAUUCCUCGCUGAACCAUUGGGGGAGACUGAGGCAGCAGGUGGUGUACGCUGCUGUCGGAAGAGGUCCCCUGCACUCCAGUGAUCUCUCUCCCUCUCUCUCGAUGGGUGAGAGCAGGUGUACGCCUGCAGAAACUGGAAGAUGGCCGCCUGUGCACAUCAGAUUAUUCUACGAGACCCUGUGUCCCGACUGCCGUGCGUUUAUGGAAAAUGAACUCUGCCCGACCUGGGCAAGGAUGAAGGAGUUUCUGAACGUCACCCUCAUUCCAUUUGGCAAUGCUGAGGUGAUCCAGAGCACCCAGAGCCAGCAGUUCCAGUGUCAAUGCGGGAGGAAAGAAUGUUUAGGAAACAUGAUCCAGAGCUGUAUGAUUUAUCACCUGAAGAACACGUCGUCUUACCUGCCAGUGAUCUGCUGCAUGGAGUCUGCCCAUACGGUGCUCAUUGCAGCACAGCAGUGCCUACAAGAGCACGCGCCGUCCGUGAGCUGGGAGAUCAUCAGUGACUGUGUCAAUGAAGACCUGGGCUCUCAGCUGAUGUAUCAGAAUGCUCAGAGGACCAAUGAACUGGAACCACCGCACCACUACGUCCCUUGGAUCUUGAUCAAUGGGGAGCACUUUGAGGAUACGCAGCAUCAUGCAGAGACUGACCUCUUGGACCUAGUCUGUAGGACCUACACAGCUCCCCCACCGAAGAUUUGUGAUCAAAGUGUCAGCACCUAACACUCAAAGCUCAAAACAUAACUGUUCUGCCAAAUGGGAAGCUUUAAUUAAUAAACUUCACUCUACCUUCCACCAUUUUAUAACUCUUUUCAGAUGUUAUACUAU